CUGUAUACUUCAGGCUGUAUGCGAACGUACACAGAAAUUUCGUACUGUUGUGUCAUUUAUUAUUUGGAUUAGCUAUGUAAGAAGUAGAAAAAAGUUGGAGAUAAUUGAGGCGUAUUUCUUGAGAACGGAUCACCCCCCUAGGGGUGGGGUCCACUGUCACUUUUAAGCCAAAGAAAUCAACGAGUUAUGUCAGUAUCGUGAAACAUAGAAGUGAAUAACGUGAUCAUGGCUCGUCCUAUUGUACCAAGUCAACAAAAGUUGGCAGAGAAGUUAACUAUAUUGAAUGAUAGAGGCAUCGGGAUGCUGACUCGUAUUUAUAAUAUUAAAAAGGCUUGCGGUGAUGCCAAAUCGAAGCCUGGCUUCUUAUCGGAUAAGACUCUAGAGUCUUCGAUCAAGACAAUAGUUAGAAAGUUUCCUAAUAUCGACAUCAAAGGACUACAAACGAUAACAAAUCUGCGUAAUGAAAUUAUCAAAUCCCUUUCUUUAUAUUAUUAUACGUUUGUAGAUUUAUUGGACUUCAAGGACAACGUUUGCGAACUCCUCACUACGAUGGAUGCAUGCGGAGUACACAUGGAUAUUACUAUUAAUUUUGAUUUGACGAAAGGUUAUUUGGAUCUUGUUGUCACUUAUGUCAGUUUAAUGGUACUCCUUUCAAGAGUCGAAGAUCGUAAAGCUGUAUUGGGGCUUUUCAAUGCCGCACACGAAAUGGUACACAGUCAGUCCGAUCCUAGCUUUCCUCGUUUGGGUCAAAUGAUAAUGGAUUAUGAUGCGCCUUUGAAAAAACUUUCCGAGGAAUUUGUUCCCCAUUCGAAGCUAUUAAAGAAUGCUCUUACUUCUUUGUGGCCCAUUUAUCCCGGUAGAAAUUUGACCGCCGAUACGUGGAGGGCCGAUCAGAAAUUAAGCUUGGUAGGAAGUCCUGGACAAAUAUUGAAGGCAGCUGCCACCGAUACGAUGUCCUGCGAAACUCUGAGCUUGGACAGAAUCGAAAGAUGGGUAAUACUCGGGUUUACCCUUUGCCACACUUUUCUGAGUCAAGAACAACCUAAUAAACUUUGGAUCACUGCUUUAGAAUCAGGGUGGGUAUUGGCCUUGUUCAGAGAUGAAGUAAUUUACAUACAUCAAUACAUUCAGACAUUUUUUGAGAGCAUGAAGGGAUACAGUAAAAGGGUGUCGGAAGUGAAGGAUUGUUACAAUCAAGCGGUACAGAAAGCCGGCUAUAGGCACCGAGAACGUAGAAAAUUUUUGAGAACAGCUUUAAAGGAAUUGGGUUUGAUUUUAACCGAUCAACCGGGUCUACUCGGACCGAAAGCAUUGCUCGUGCUAAUGGGACUAUCUCACGCGAGAGACGAGGUGCUGUGGCUUCUAAGACACGGGGAUAAUCCUCCAAUACAGGGAAAAGGAAAGGGUAGAGGCGGCGAGGAUCUAGUGGAUCGACAAUUACCAGAAUUGCUCUUCCAUUGUGAAGAAUUGAGAGCAUUAGUAAAGAAGUAUUCUCAGGUGCUUCAGAGGUACUACGUUCAAUUUCUCUCAGGAUUCGACGCGCCUGCGCUGCAUCAAAUGAUACAGAAUCUUCCAGUUUGUCCCGAAGACGAGGGUGCGAUACUUAGUGAUAUGUGCUCAACGAUAGCGAGUUUGACCGUAAAGCAAGUAGAAGACAACGAACUGUUCGAUUUUCGUCCAUUCCGAUUGGAUUGGUUUAGAUUACAAGCUUACAUGUCUAUCGCCAAAUGUAACAUGAAUUUAGCCGAUAAUAGAGAAUUAGCAUCUUUCAUGGACACGGUAGUUUUUCAUACCAAAAUGGUUGAUAAUCUCGACGAAAUGUUAGUCGAGACGUCCGAUCUCUCUAUAUUUUGUUUUUACAGUAAAAUCUUUGAAGAUCAGUUCCACAUGUGCUUAGAAUUUCCAGCUCAAAAUCGUUACAUAGUAGCCUUUCCGCUCAUAUGCAGUCACUUUCAAAGUUGUACGCACGAAUUGUGCCCGGAGGAACGCCAUCAUAUUCGCGAAAGAAGUUUAUCCGUCGUAAAUAUGUUUUUAGACGAAAUGGCUAAAGAGGCUAAGAACAUAAUUACCACUAUUUGCGACGAACAAUGUAAUAUGAGCGACAUGCUAUUGCCGAAACAUUGUGCCGUAUUGAUAUCUCAAGUUGUCAACAGAAAGAAAAAGGACAAGAAUAAGAAGAACAUGAGCGAAGUACAUAAGCCAGGUAUAGAGAGUUAUAGAAAGACCAGAGAGGAAUUAACCACCAUGGACAAAUUACAUAUGGCUCUGACAGAAUUGUGUUAUGCCAUAAACUAUUGUCCUACGAUAAACGUAUGGGAAUAUACGUUCGCACCUAGAGAAUACUUGCAUCAACAUCUUGAAUCUCGAUUCGCCAGGGCCCUCGUUGGAAUGGUUAUGUACAAUUCGGACACGAGCGAGAUAGCCAAGCCGUCGGAACUCUUCGUUAGCGUCAGAUCUUAUAUGAAUGUACUCCAAACUGUCGAAAAUUAUGUCCACAUAGAUAUUACUCGAGUAUUUAACAAUGCUCUACUUCAACAGACUCAGGAGCUUGAUAGUCAUGGGGAUAAAACUAUUGCUGCCCUUUAUACCCAAUGGUAUUCCGACGUAUUACUUAGACGAGUUAGCGCUGGAAACAUAUGUUAUUCUGGAAACCAAAGAGCAUUCGUCAGUUUAUCCGUGGAGGGAGCAAUUCCGUUUAACGCCGAAGAAUUUUCCGAUAUAAACGAGCUAAGAGCAUUGGCCGAACUUAUCGGGCCAUACGGUAUGAAGAUGCUGAACGAAAAUCUCAUGUGGCACAUAGCGAGCCAAGUCCAACAAUUAAAGAAAUUGGUCGCAGGAAACAAGGACGUUCUUAUAGCUUUAAGGACGAACUUUGACAAGCCGGAAGUAAUGAAAGAGCAAUUCAAAAGAUUGCAACAGGUUGAUAAUGUACUUCAAAGAGUGGCUAUAAUAGGAGUAAUAUUGAGUUUCAGGCAAUUGGCACAAUCUGCGCUGGUCGACGUUUUGGAAGAACGUAUCCCAUUCCUUUUGAGCUCGAUUCUGGACUUUCGACAUCACUUACCGUCUGGAGACCCGAUGAGAGUAGUUUCCGAAAUGACGUCUGCUGCCGGUUUAACGUGCAAAGUCGAUCCUACAUUGACAACAGCCUUGCGAAGUCAAAAGGCAGACGUCGAUGAAGACGAACACUUGCUCGUCUGUCUCCUAAUGGUAUUCGUAGCCGUAUCUAUUCCAAAGUUAGCGAGAAACGAGAAUUCCUUUUAUCGUGCUUCACUCGAAGGACACUCGAACAAUAUUCAUUGUAUGGCAACGGCCAUAAAUAAUAUCUUUGGUGCGCUAUUCACGAUUUGCGGACAGAAUGACAUUGAGGAUAGAAUGAAGGAAUUUCUCGCCUUGGCUUCAUCCAGUUUGUUGAGACUCGGUCAAGAGGCCGACAAGGAAGCUACUAGAAACAGGGAAUCCGUCUACCUAUUAUUGGAUCAGAUAGUCCAAGAGUCUCCUUUUCUCACGAUGGAUCUAUUGGAGAGUUGCUUCCCGUAUGCCCUUAUACGAAAUGCAUAUCACGACGUGUACAAGCUCGAACACUCUCAGCCGUAAGAUUACGAUCAUAACGAAGUAAGUUAUUAUCGAAUGAACGAUCAACGCGCUGUAGUCAUACUCAGGGCUACUUUUCUACGUCCACUUACUUGUGUACCAUCGACAACUCUUGCGUUAUAUAUCGUCGAAGAUAGGCGAGAUUAUGAUGAUGACGAUGAUGAUGAUGAUGAUGAGGAGGAUAAAAUCUGAAUGAAAGAAUUUAUCAUCGGAGAAAUCAAAAUUAAUUCGAGUCUACGUAUGUCUGUAACAAUGUAUCUCGUUUGUAUGUCCAUGCCUAGGGAAGACGACGCUCGGGUGAUUGACAUCGCUCUGUCAUUGAAAAUAUUUUGCACUUUCUCUUCGAUUAAAAAUUCCGUUUAAAAGGACCCAAUGAAAAGAGAACUUGCAGUGUAAUAAUAUUCAUUCAGCCGGAGCAUUUUCUAUAGAGCCGCGUUCCUCUAAAAGACAUUUGAUACGCGAUUUAAAGACAAUUUAUAUUAUUAGGAUAGUAUAUUUUCAUUUCAUUGUCACAGUAUUCCGUAAAUUAUCAUUACGUAAGAGAAUUUUUUAUUAUACGAGAAUGAACGAAAUAUAUAUGUAAAUGAUUCUCGAUCGCUAAGAAUUUACGUACACACGUAUCAUCAUCCAAUAAGUAUCGUCACUUUAUCCAUUGCAUUUUCUAUGUAUAAUGGUAACUUUUACAAUAGUUUAUAAAAUAAAUAAAAUCCAUCCAUAAACUA